CAAAAAGGUUUGCCGGUCGGCUUCGUCCUCUGCUUUUCCAUUCUCAUUUUUUCGGGUUGGAUUUGAUUUUUCCAUUUUGGGGUCAAUGGCGUCUCCUAUAAAAAUGGCUUCCUCCUCUGCCUCCCUCUCUCUUCAUCGUCGUCACCAUAACCACCACCUCCCCAGCCACCAUUGUCUUGUCUCUCUCUCCCCACCAUCAAUGGACCCAAUAAGCUCUCUCCCCCGCCUCUCCUCUUCCAUGCCGCCACGUGCCCUCGACCCUAUAAAUUCUCCCUCUUCCUCCGUUAAUUCGGGCACGCAUGCCUCCGUCAGCUUCGGCUCUCCCUCCUCCUGCAACGGCUCCAUGGGCAUCUCCGGCGUCUCCAAGGCCAAGAUCGUCAGGGGCGACUGUGGCUACGUCCUCGAGGACGUCCCUCACUUCUCCGACUACAUCCGCGACCUCCCCAAUUAUCCUAAUCCAUUGCAAGACAACCCUGCAUAUUCUGUCGUGAAGCAGUAUUUUGUCGAUUUAGACGACACCGUAGCCCAAAAGGUUAUUGCUCAUAAAAACGGCCCCAGAGGUCUCCAUUUCCGGCGUGCUGGGCCCCGCCAAAAGGUGUAUUUCGAAUCAGAUGACGUUCAUGCAUGCAUCGUGACAUGCGGGGGCCUCUGCCCUGGUCUUAACACAGUCAUAAGGGAGAUUGUCUGCGGCUUGUACCAUAUGUACGGUGUAAAGAAAGUCCUCGGAAUAGAAGGUGGGUACAAGGGAUUCUAUUCUCGGAAUACUGUUCUUCUUAAUCCAAAGGUUGUAAAUGAUAUCCAUAAACGAGGUGGCACAAUCCUUGGCACUUCCCGAGGUGGGCACGACACCACAAAGAUAGUCGACAGCAUUCAGGACCGGGGAAUCAAUCAGGUAUACAUAAUAGGGGGUGACGGGACUCAAAAGGGGGCAGCCGUUAUAUUUGAGGAAAUUAAAAGACGAGGUCUAAAAGUAGCAGUUGCAGGGAUUCCAAAGACCAUCGACAAUGACAUUCCAGUUACUGACAGAUCCUUUGGAUUCGACACAGCUGUAGAGGAGGCCCAACGUGCAAUUAAUGCUGCUCAUGUUGAAGCUGAGAGCGUUGAGAAUGGUAUCGGCGUUGUGAAAUUGAUGGGACGCUACAGUGGAUUUAUUGCAAUGCACGCUACUCUGGCAAGUAGGGACGUGGAUUGUUGCUUGAUCCCGGAAUCGCCCUUCUAUCUUGAAGGUGCCGGUGGACUUUUCGAGUUCAUUGAGAAGCGGCUGAAGGAAAACGGGCACAUGGUCAUUGUGAUCGCUGAAGGGGCAGGGCAGGAUCUCUUUUCCGAAAGCAUCCACUCUGUGGACAAGGAUGCUUCUGGAAAUAGGCUCCUGCAAGAUGUCGGUCUAUGGCUAUCUCAAAAGAUCAAGGAGCAUUUUGCCAAAAAAAAUAAGAUGGACAUAACCCUCAAGUACAUAGAUCCGACAUAUAUGAUCCGUGCUGUACCAAGUAAUGCCUCCGACAACGUCUACUGCACCCUUCUGGCUCAAAGCGCCGUUCAUGGUGCGAUGGCUGGUUAUACAGGCUUCACGGUGGGGCUUGUAAAUGGAAGACAUUCUUACAUCCCAUUCUAUAGAAUCACCGAGAAGCAGAACAAGGUAGUGAUAACCGAUCGGAUGUGGGCGAGGCUCCUGUCAUCGACCAAUCAGCCUAGCUUCCUAAGUCCUAAGGACAUCAUCGAGGACAAGAAAGAAGGAUCGUCGCCGGCAUUGGUGGAUGAUCAUGAUACUGUGGACGGCUACUUGGUCAACAAAGAGAUUAACUACUAGAGAUCAACUGAACUUGAUGUCCGGAGAUAAAUCUCCCGUUGAUUUUGACUGUAAUCCAUUAAUUCUUUUGGGUCUUCUGCAAGCCUCCUAUUUAAUGGCAUUCCACUUCAUAGGGUAUUAAAAUGUUGUAUAGUACAAUAAAGCAAUAAGAGGUGCAAGAAUUAGGUCUUCCUUCCCAA